AUGGUCCCCGACCGUGAAGUAAACAGCCGGUUUGUUCUUCUUCACGAGCACUCACGCAUUUACCGUGACGUUUCCUGCCAUCUACUGAGCUGGAAUAUGAACUGCUCCUCGGCGACUACACCAAAACAUUACACACCAAGCAAGCAAUACACAGCAGAAAUAAAAAUAGAACCCAGCCUCCACCCCCUACUUUACCACCUGUCUCCACCCCCUACUUUACUACCUGUCUCCAAGAUGGAUGUUAUGUACCAGCGUAAUUUCAAAAGACCCCCAAUCAUGCCACAUAUUGUGUACCUUCCCACUUGUGGUAUACCUGUACUGUGCGAUCCACGUUACCACCCAAUCUGCAAACCCAUUCCUGUCCAGAAGUCACGCUCUCCACCUGUAAUUGCCUCAGAGCCAGUGACGUCUGCUUCUUCUCAACCACCACAAAAAUCCACGCCUCCACCAGCCCCUCAACCAAUGAUUAUCAAUGGAAUAGAGUUUGACUGUGAUGAUUGCGUAAUCAACAAUCCUCCGAGGCCAGUUGAGAUGAUUGAACCAUCACCAGCACUGCCAGUGGAAAAGGUGAAAAAAUAAUAAAUGUGGAACAAAGUAAUCCUAUAUGCCCCAGUUCCAACCUAUGACACAUUUGACUUCAAUCAAGAUCCUAUCCACCAUGCAGCUCCAGCUCCCCGAUUUCUCAAAAAAAAAAAAAAACUUCCCGGAUGA